CACCACAGUCACGCAAAAAUGGUCGGACUGCUUCCAAUCACCGCGGCGCUUGCCGCGACUGUGUUACCAAACAUUGUCUCUGCCGUUGGUCUGGAUCAGGCUGCAGUUGCCAAAGGACUUCAAUACUUUGGCACAGCUACGGAUAACCCCGAGCUCACGGAUAUCCCAUACGUCACUCAGCUGAACAACACCGCGGACUUUGGUCAAAUUACCCCUGGAAACUCGAUGAAGUGGGAUGCCACAGAACCAUCUCAGGGCACCUUCACAUUCACGAAUGGCGAUGUCAUCGCAGAUCUGGCCGAGGGUAAUGGCCAAUACCUCCGAUGUCAUACUCUGGUUUGGUAUAAUCAGCUGCCUAGCUGGGUGACUAGCGGAACUUGGACUAAUGCUACUCUCACCGCCGCGUUGAAGAACCACAUCACGAAUGUGGUGUCGCACUACAAAGGGAAAUGUCUUCAUUGGGACGUGGUCAAUGAGGCGUUGAACGACGACGGCACCUACCGCACCAACAUCUUCUACACAACCAUCGGCGAAGCCUACAUCCCCAUUGCCUUUGCCGCAGCGGCCGCAGCCGACCCGGACGCGAAGCUGUUCUACAAUGACUACAACCUCGAAUACGGCGGCGCCAAAGCCGCCAGCGCCCGCGCCAUUGUCCAGCUGGUCAAGAAUGCAGGUGCCAAGAUCGACGGGGUUGGGCUGCAGGCCCACUUCAGCGUCGGCACCGUGCCGAGUACGAGCUCGCUCAUCUCGGUGCUGCAAUCUUUCACUGCGCUCGGGGUCGAGGUCGCCUACACGGAGGCCGACGUGCGCAUCCUCCUGCCCACCACUGCCACUACGCUGGCCCAACAGUCGAGCGAUUUCCAGGCCCUGGUGCAAUCCUGUGUGCAGACAACGGGCUGCGUCGGCUUCACUAUCUGGGAUUGGACAGAUAAGUACAGCUGGGUGCCCAGCACGUUCUCGGGUUAUGGGGCGGCGCUACCCUGGGAUGAGAACCUGGUUAAGAAGCCCGCGUACAAUGGCUUGCUGGCCGGCAUGGGGGUUACAGUCACCACUACGACUACCACCACCACUGCUACUGCCACUGGUAAGACUACGACUACCACGGCGGGUGCCGCGAGCACGGGGACUACGGCUGCGCACUGGGGGCAGUGUGGAGGGCUUAACUGGAGUGGACCGACGGUGUGUGCGAGUGGGUACACCUGCACUUAUGUCAAUGAUUAUUACUCGCAGUGUUUGUGAGGCGUUUUACAGCCUCCUGAGUGCUCAGGAACCUAGCACGGGUGAUUAAAAAUGUCCAUGCUGCAUUACCCGUCCUUUAAGUAUCAUCUCGAAACAUGUUGGAUAGUUGUGGACCAAUAGCUCCUCAAGGAUACCUUUUCAC